ACAGUAGACUCCCUCCUUUUUUAUGGCUACUGGGAAGGUUCCUGCGGAUGAGCUUUUAAUUCUGAACAUCUUUACUGUCUGCCUUCCUCCAUGGAAGAGGACACAUCUGGAACAGGCUAGCAGAGUAAGGAUCACCAUGUCCUUGCCGUAACAGGGCGUCAGUAAAACCCUUAGAUUAACAUGGAACUAAGACCCUGCAGACUGCCAAUACCUUUUCCUCAAAUACAAAUAAUUAUUUAUGUAGCGGUAUCUAGCACCAUAGUUCAACACAGAAUUGCUACCUACCCGACAGAAAAACACGGAACAGCCACUGGAGUACCAAGUUAUAGGAGUUUUUGCAAGACUAAUGGUAGUGAAAAGUGAAAUAAUGCAACAGUAGAAAACGGGGAUGCUGAGGUGAGUGAGAGUAGAAAUUGCCAGGUCCAGUACCCUAAUAGGUGCAAGGGCACCACAAUUCCACACAUCCAAGUCCAGCUAGUAACAAGGCUCAGAAUGUAUUUCCAGAAAGUGAAAAUGCCUGUGUCCAGCGGCACCAAUCGACACAGAAAACACACAGCACUCAAGCGUGAAUGGUACGAAUGACCAAAUCCUCUUCCUCCUCUCCAGCCAAUCAGUCUGUAAGUAUACAAAGUUUGUAUAGUUUGUACUACACUAGUAGAGGAUAUUUGUUAACACAUACACACGAACAUUAUGAAAGCCUUCAGUACCUGGCUUAAAACACUCAGUCUGUCCAGUAACUAGCUGCUGGAUUACCUGGCAUCUGGACAUAUGAAUAGAGAGAAAUUAAUCUCUCUGCUAGCUGAUCUAGGAAUGUGGCCUUCCAAUAGGCACUUCCCUGGCAGCCACCCCAUUUUCCCCAGUAAGCUGGCUUAGCCCUACCUCCAGGAAAGCAUCCUGCUGACCCUGAUCUCUCCCAUAUCUGGUCCUGGGCUCCAAAGCCCAUUACCCUACUUGCUCUCUGGUCUGGUUCCUUCCCUAGCCAUCACACACACUUGCAUUCCACCUAGCCCUGGGCCCUCCCUGCAUGUGCUGAGGUCUUCCCAUCUGCUGGAACCCCUGGCUCCUCUGAUCUGUGUCCUAAUGCCAGUUGUUGGCACUUAGACUUCCAGAUGUACAUAGGCACACAGGGUAGACAGUCUGCUCAUUCUGGGAAACAAACGUACAAGUUGGGUUAAGUAAGACAGCACAGUCUGCAGAGAUAAUUCUUGCUGAUCAGCAACAUGUUAAAACACUAUCACUUUGUUCGCUUUUAUUUUUCCUUCAGUGUUCCCAUGGUUUUUUCCUCCCAGGUCACUUUCACUCCUUCCUCUCCUCUGGUGCUUCUUUUAAUACACCCAUAUUAUAAACCCAUAAUAUAUCUCACACAUUCCCACAAUUCCCUAAAAAGGAUCUCAUGGUAGGUUUUCACAUCCCCAAAUGUGCCACCCUAAGGCAGAUGCCUCUACAGACAAGGAUACCGCUCAGGUAUCCCGAGAGCCGCUUUGCCUCUCUCUGGAUGGAAGCAGGCCCAGCUCUGGGAGCCGGGACGAGCGGAGGCGGGGGCGAGGCCGCAAUCGCGCUUGCUCGCCGAGGGCCGGCGACAAAGCGACAGAGCAUACCAACAGCUUCGGCAUUGUUGAAAUUUGGCUCCUCACUUUCUGAUUGGCGACCAGUCAGCAAAAAGCUUCUUCCGGCAGACGCCUUCCAGGAACAAGGGGCGGUGACGCCGUGCAGUGAGCUGGAGCCUGCGUGGCGGGAGGUUAUAAAAAAUUACAAGCACGGCCUGGCCAGCCCCUCCUAAGCGCGGCCAGCCCGGCCCCUCCUAAGCGCGGCCUGCCCGGCCCCUCUCCCCCCCGGCGGCCACAGCAAGGGCCAGCUCUGCAGCGGAACGAUGUCCGGCCGUGGCAAGAGCGGUGCUAAGGCCCGUGCUAAGGCUAAGUCUCGCUCGCCCCGGGCUAGGCUGCAGUUCCCGGUAGGGCGGCAUUUUGCUCCCGCGUACCUGCCCGCCGUGCUCGAGUACCUGAAUCCUGGCCUGGACCCGGCUAGCGCCGUGGCACGCGAGAGCGAGAACACGCUCAUCAAGCCCCGUCCCGCAGUGCUAGCACUACGAAACGACGAGCAGCUGAACAAGCUGUUAAACAUCGUUCCCAUCGCGCAGGGCGGGCUGCCCCACACCCAGCCCGUGCUGCCGGCCAGGAACACCGGUGCCGGCGCAAGAAGGGACGCAGAAGCCGAGUACGGGCCCCUCUCUCUUCCGGAGAACUGCGAUCCAUGGAGGAGGAGGGAAGGGGACGAGAGGUGUGGCCGGCGGCCGUGGCUGCGGCGGAGGAGGGGGGACAGGAACCGGCCCUAGGCCGGUCAAAAACUCAAUGCGAGAGCUACUCGAUAAGGACCCGUAAUUUACCUCUCACUUUACCUCUGUUCCAUUCAGUGCACGUUGCCUAGAAAAUAAAACUGCUUUAUUUACAGAACAGCA